AUGCACGCCUACUCCGCCGGCGCCGUCGUCGACCCCACGCGCCCAUACGCGGAGAUCUGGAUUGGCACGCAUCCCAGCGGCCCGGCCCUCCUCCGCCACAGCCAUGCUUCGCUCGCCGACUUUCUCGUCGCGGGCGGGGAGCAGCCCAACCUGCCGUACUUGCUCAAGAUCCUCAGCGUGGCUAGCCCGCUCAGCAUCCAGGCCCAUCCAGAUAAGCAGCUUGCCGAGCGGCUUCACAGCGACAAUCCACACGCAUACAAGGAUGAUAACCAUAAGCCGGAGAUGUCCGUGGCGCUAACGGACUUUGAAGGGAUGUGCAACUUCCGUCCCGUCGCGGACAUUCUCGCCGAUUUGGAGCUGCGUUCAGAGUUGGCCGCGCUUGUCGGCGGGAAGGCCUCGCUUGACGCGCUGAGCAACUCUUCGUCGUCAGAGGACCGUCGCGCCGCUAUUCACGUCGUCUUUUCGUCUCUCAUGUCAGCCUCGAAGGAGGCUGUGGCUUCGGCUUUAGAUGCCACGGUUAUAGCGGUCAAGACGGCUUCCGAACGCUCCGACGCCGACGAUCUGUUCCUACGCCUCAUCAGCUACUACCCCGGUGAUGUUGGCUGUUUUGCGGCAUAUCUGCUCAACCACAUCCGAAUUUCACCGGGACAAGCUUUCUUCAUGGCAGCCAAUGAGCCGCACGCGUAUCUCAAGGGACAGUGCGUCGAGAUCAUGGCGUGCAGUGACAAUGUCGUUCGCGCCGGGCUCACUCCCAAAUUCAAGGAUGUCUCCACACUGGUCAAAAUGCUGACAUACAAAGAUGAUCCUCCCAAGAUUAUGUCAGGGGAGAAGGUGGACGGCUGCUCGGUCGUGUACAAGCCUCCUGUUGAAGAGUUCCAGUUGACGAAGACGGUUGUCCCGUCGGGUUCAACCUACGAAAUCACUGCAGCUAAGGGCCCAGGCAUGAUCAUGGUCAUCGGCGGGCAGGGUUGGAUAGGUGUGCUGUCGGGUGAAAGGCAGAAGCCUGAGUCGCGCUUGCCGCUCCAGCCGGGCAGUGUGUACUACGUCGCCGACUCAACUAGGAUUUACAUUGAGGCAGACCACGCUAUGGCUGCGGACGCCCCAUCUCCGGACCUUCUUUUCUUUAGAGCUAACAUUAAUCAGGACUGA